AUGGAAGCUCUUCCUGAGCUUCGAGUGCUCGUCUUGAAGUCUAACAAGUUUGAUGGUAACAUGUCGCUGGCUUCACGAAGCGACCUUCCAUUUCAAAAGUUGCAAGUUUUAGAUAUAUCUGACAAUGAAUUUGUGGGGUCUCUCCCUCAAACAUAUUUCAAGAACUUUAGAGCAAUGAUGGAUGUGAAGGAAAAUAAGACAGGUCUAAUUACUAGUGAUGAUGACACUUUUCUAGGGUUUGUGGAGAUGACAGUCACCUUGAAAGGUUUGGAUCAGUUAUUGAAGAGACUGUUGAAAACCUUUACAACCAUUGACUUAUCCUCCAACAAUUUCUCUGGUAGUAUUCCAGAUUCCAUAGGUAAUCUUAAUUCUUUGAGAUACUUGAAUUUGUCCCACAAUAAUCUAAUGGGACACAUACCUGCAUCUCUUGGAAAUAUAAGUGUGCUUGAAUCAUUGGACUUAUCAUGGAACAAAUUGGACGGAGGAAUUCCAAGUGAAUUGACGAGGUUGACAUUUCUUGCCAAAUUAAACCUUUCAAUGAAUGAUCUCGCGGGACAAAUACCACAAUCUAAUCAGUUUUCCACAUUUGAGAAUGAUUCCUACGUGGGAAACUUGAGAUUGUGUGGAGUUCCGUUGACGAGAAAAUGCAACGAGGAGAAUGGGCAGCGGAUGCAGCCAGAAGAAGAAGAAGAAGAUGAUGAGUAUGGAUUUAUAGAUGGAUUUGGAUGGAAAAGUGUGGUGAUGGGAUAUGGAAGUGGAAUCAUAGUUGGGAUUGGAAUUGGUUGUUGCAUUAUUCGAUUUGGAAGGCCAAGAUGGUUGGUGGAAUUCUUUUUUGGCGUUGGAUAUACAUACAAGAAGAACAAGAAGAAGAAGACAAGGAAGAGAGCUACUCCAAUACAGAGGAGAAGUUGAUUCAAGACAAGCAUAUAUCAUGAGCUUUUCUUUUUUUGAUUUUUUGUUCUUUACCGGACUUUAGAUUGUUGUUUUUUUAUUGCUACUCGUGAGUUUGUGAUUUAGAGUUUAUAAAAUUUCCUGCUGCUACGUGACGCAUUGAUCUCAGCCUCCCCAGAAGCCAUCACACGAAGGAAACGACAGUGGUUUUGCUGAUUUUCUUACA